AUUUCUGGCAACCCAGGACCAGUCGUCUUUCCCUGACUGUUGCAAGUCAGCUUCAGUUCAGGUCGCGUGCGUUACCGUGGUCACAUCGCGCGCCGUAGUGAACAUGGCGGAUGGGGAAGGCUCGGUAAACGGGCUGCAGCUGUGCACGAGAUGGUGGGAGGCAUCAGACCGGGGGGCUGCAAUACUUCAUUAUAUUUUAGAGCAGGUCCCCCAUAUUUAUUGCCUGGAGGCUGAGCCACAACCAGUAGAAGAAGAGCAACAGGUGCAAGAGCACAUCCUGUACCCUCUGGAGUGCUUCCUUUUUGGGGAGGACCCAAGUGAUGGCCUACAAAAACUGGAACACAAAAAUUAUGGUUCAUCCUCUCAGCAAUGUGGACGUGUGUUUAAAGAGGGCGAGACGGUCUACUCCUGCAGGGAUUGUGCAAUAGAUCCCACCUGUGUGCUAUGCAUGGACUGCUUUCAGAAUAGUGUACACAAAGGACACCGCUACAAGAUGCAUGCGUCAUCAGGAGGAGGCUUCUGUGACUGUGGGGACUUGGAAGCCUGGAAGACCGGCCCCUGCUGCUCCCAACACGACCUCGGCACCUCUGUAGCCAUGGAGACGGAUGACUGUGUUUUGGAGGCAGAACUGCAGGAGCGAGCUCAGACACUGUUCCAGGUGUUGCUGUGUUACAUCACUGACCUGAUGGUUUGGGAAGAGGGGGAUGAGCUCUCUGAGGAAAUGAAGCAAGGGAUGAAUGAAAACACAUACUACUGUGUCCUUUACAAUGAUGAACACCAUUCUUAUGACCAAGUGAUCUAUGCUCUUCAGAGGGCCAUCAGUUGUGACCACAAUGAAGCUCACACACACACUGCUCUAAUUGAUAAGGAGGGACGCAGAGCUGUGAAGAGAGGAACCCUAAGAACCUGUCAACAAGUAAAAGAUCUCAUCAGGUCGAACUCAGAACACAUUACUCAGCAGGCCUUGCGAGUAGAGAUCUUGCACUCAGCUGUGAUGGCCCAUCAGACCUUUGCUCUCAGGCUUGGUGCUUGGCUUCAGCAGAUUAUUGGCUACUCAGUGGGCUUUAGGCAGGUGUUUUGCCAGGUGGCUCUGGAGCCUGGUGCUGACAGUGAUAAACCUUGUUUGAUCAGCAGACUUAUGCUCCAUGAUGCCAGACUCUACAAAGGAGCCCGCAAGGUCAUCCAUGAGUUGAUUUUCUGUAGUCUGUUAAUGGAAACGGAGUACAAGAAGCAAUUUGCAAUGAAGUUUACAGAGGUUUGUUUUAGUUAUUCUGAGAUAUGUCAUAGCAAAAUAGACCACACUCUCAUAGAAAACAUAGAUCUAGCCCUUUUUGUUUGUAUCCUUCUCCAGCAUUAUAAGCAGUUGCAGGAGGAUUUCAUCAGUGAUGACCAUGAGAGAAACAUCUCAGUCACAGCCUUGUCUGUGCAAAUCUUCACUGUACCCACACUGGCUAGGCAGUUGAUCGAAGAGGGCAGUGUGAUAAAGGUGAUUAUUGACACAGUCAUGGAAAUGCUGAGGGAACAUUUGGACAACAACCAACGGUUCCAUUUUCAGGGCUACAAUUCUGAUAAGUUCUUCCGAGUUCAAGUGAUCUUCCAUGACCUCAGGUACAUUCUGAUCAGUAAACCCACAACCUGGACUGAACAGUUGAGGGGGAAGUUUCUGGAAGGCUUUAGUGCCUUUCUAGGGCUGCUUAAUUGUAUGCAGGGAAUGGAGGAGGUGAAGAGGCAGUUUGGUCAGCACAUUGAGGUUGAACCCGAAUGGGAGGCGGGUUUCUCCAUCCAGAUUCAGCUUCGCCACAUUCUGUCCAUGUUCCAGGACUGGUGCUCCUCCGAUGAAAGAGUUUUGCUGCUGGCCUUCCAGGAGUGUCAUCGGGCGCUGUUGCGCUGCACUAACCAGCCCUUCCACAGCGAGCCUACUGACAGCUACAUGUGCAAACACAUCCUCCACAAGCGGCCAUAUAAAGUCUCCCAGGAGCCUGUCUCCAUUCAUUUGCCCAUUACCAGACUGCUGGCUGGUCUUUAUGUACUCUUGUGCCGGGCAGACGCUGUCAAAUACCUCUCUGAUUUCGUGGAUCCUGAGCACCUGGACUUCUCUGCAUUUGCAGAGCAUCCCCUGCGCUGUGUGGUACUGGCUGCCGAGGUGUCUGCAGAGAUGUGGCGCCGAAAUGGCCUCUCCCUAGUCAGCCAGGUGUACUACUAUCAAGAUGUCAAAUGCAGAGAUGAAAUGUUUGAUAAGGACAUAAUCAUGCUUCAGAUUGCUGCCUCCAAAAUGGACCCAAACCACUUUCUUAUGCUAAUUCUGUUAAGAUUUGAGCUCUUUGAGGUUUUUAAUGGAAAUUGUUCAAGUAAAGAUCAGGACCUCCUGAAACAGUGGAAUAGAUUGACAGAAGAAAUGCUCAACCUGUUGAUCGUCAUUGUUGGUGAGCGGUAUGUCCCUGGAAUCAGUAAUGUGACUAAACAGGAUGUGACAAUGAGAGAAGUGAUUCAUUUGUUGUGUAUAGAACCCAUGGCUCACAGUAGCUUGGUCAAAGGCCUGCCAGAAAAUGAAAGUCAUGAAACUGGGCUUGAGUCUGUUAUUGCAAAGGUUGCCACGUUCAAGAAACCGGGAGUCUCUGGUCAUGGUUUAUAUGAACUGAAGAAGGAAUGUCUUAAGGAGUUUAAUCCAUUCUUUUAUCAUUACACUAAAUCACAACAUAGCAAGGCUGAAGAUGCACAGAAAAAGAGAAGGGCCCAAGAUGGGAGUGAUAAAGCUCUUAGGCCCCCAGUGCCGCCUCCCUUUGCCCCUGCCUUUUCUAGCAUAGUGCGGCUGCUGUGUUGUGAUGUGUUUAUCCAUGUGCUGAGGAGAGUACUGCAGAGGGCAGUGGAGGAGCGCUGUACUCUAUGGAGCGAGGCCAUGAUUCAAAGGGCAUUGCAUCUUGUAGGCCAGGCAUUGAUUGAGGAGAAAACUCAGCUGGAGGCCAGCAAUGUAGAUGAAGUGUCAUUUGACUUCAGUCACAAGGCACGAACAGUUGGUUCAGAUCAUGGCAAGUCAUUAUUCCAUUUUCUGUCACAAAUGAAGAAGCUGCCUUCUCUCGAUGCUCAGAAGGACAUGAUUAAUUGGUUACUACAGAUGUUUGAGAUUGUGAAGUGCCUUCGUGAGAAAUCCAGCCCUUCUGCUGUAUGUGCAGUGGAUCAGACUAAGCCUGAGGAGAGUUUUCAGGAUCGCAAGAGGAAGGCUGAGGCCGCGAAGCUGCACAGGCAGAAGAUUAUGGCUCAGAUGUCUGCCAUGCAGAAGAACUUUAUUGAGACUCACAAGAUGCUAUAUGACAAUGUGCCUGAGAGUGGAAGCCAAGGCGAGCCCGCUGCAUUUAUGGAUUGCAGCGCAAUGGAGUUUGAAGAAAGGCAUGUGGCAGUGGGGCCUCAGCAGGGAGUGUGUCCUGCGGACUGGGAAGCCUUGACCUGUAUCCUGUGUCAAGAGGAACAGGAGGUACAGGCUCAGGCACCCGCAAUGGUCCUCACAGCUUGUGUACAGAGAUCUACAGUCCUCACCCAGUACAGGGGCAAAACCCUCUCCACAAAGGAAGGCUCCUACCCCCUGUUUAUGCCUCCUGAUCUAGCUGUGGGCACGCACACUGGGAGCUGCGGACACGUCAUGCAUGCCACCUGCUGGCAGAAGUAUUUUGAGGCAGUGCAGAACACUACUCGGAACCGGCUGCAUGCUGAGUUGAUUAUAGACCUGGAGAAUGGGGAGUAUAUGUGCCCACUCUGCAAGUCUCUCUGCAAUACUGUGGUCCCCCUUAUUCCCUUGGAGCCCAGCAAACUCAACUAUGAGAGUGCCAAGUUGGUUGGCGAAGUUCUCACUCUUCCUCGCUGGAUACAGAUAGUAGUGGCACGGAUCAAAGGCCUCAGACCUGCUCAGAGAGCUGAGGUGAUUUAUCGUAUGUUAUUAGAUAGUAAUGCUGAUGUGGGGAAAGAGGAAACUGGGUUCUUGGAGGAUGAUCAAACUGACUUCAGGUCAAUCCACAGCUUUGGAGUUCGGCCACCGCCUAAGUACUCCAGCAGUAUAACAGAGAUGCUGGUAGUGUGUGCCACUACAGUGCACAGGGUGGGUCUGCAGACUGCACCCAAUGAGCUUUGCCCUCAUGUGCCUGUUAUGACCUGGAACACCUGCGCCUACACUAUUCAGGCUAUUGAAAACAUGUUGCAGGAGGAGGGAAAAGCUCUAUUUGGUUCUCUACAGAACAGACAGCUGUCUGGACUGAAAGCAGUGGUACAGUUUUCUGCAGUUCAGAGACUGAAGAGCUCUCAAACAGUCACCCAGAAGCAUUUUACAGACAUGCUAGCAGUCUUGGUACCUGUCCCUGAUACAGAAGGCACACUGUCAGUAUUAGAAGUAGAUUUCUUUCAUCUCUUGGUGGGGCUUGUUUUGUCUAUACCUGCGCUGUAUCAAGAAGAAAAUGUUGACUUGCAGCCUUCAGCAAUCAGUACAGCUUACAAUCACCUUCACCUAGUGCAGCUACUCACUAUGGCCCAUAUAGUGCAGGUCCUGCUGUCCUCACAUGACACCAGUGAAGUGAUAGGAGGGGGAGAUGAAGAGGAGUCCAAAGCUGCAGAAGCACUUUACUCUACUGUAUCACAACACACAGAGGGGCUAAGGACAAGUGUAUCUGGUUCCAUGAUGGCAGACAGAGUAAGGAGAGGUGUUCUACCCUUUCUUCGCUGUGCUGCACUUUUCUUUAAUUGCCUUACAGGAGUGCCCCCUCCAGAGGCCCUCUCCAGUACUGCAGACUCCCCUGACAGUCACUUGCCUCUGCUAUGUAGUUACCUCGCUUUGCCCUGCAACCUGUUCCAGCUCUUCCAGGAACACAGGGACACUGUAACCCCCUUAAUACAGAGGUGGUGUGGAAAUGAAGCCAUAUUAAAAGCCCUGAAGGGAGAAAUUAACAUUGUCAGGUAUCCUCGGAAGAGAAACAGGCUGAUCGAUCUUCCUGAGGACUACAGCGUGCUGCUUAACCAGGCCAGUCACUUUAAAUGUCCAAAGUCAUCAGAUGACGAGCGGAAACACCCAACAUUGUGUCUGUUCUGUGGAACCAUGCUUUGUUCUCAGAGCCCCUGCUGUCAUGUGCAGCUGGAUGGGGAGGAGGUGGGCGCCUGCACAGCCCACGCCGCCUCCUGCGGUGCUGGGGUGGGCAUGUUCCUCAGGGUGAGAGAGUGUGAGAUUGUUUUGAUGGCCAGUAGGACACGAGGAAGUACAUAUCCAGCCCCUUACCUUGAUGACUACGGGGAGACAGAUCCUCAGCUAGGGCGUGGGAACCCCCUACACUUGUGUCCUGAGCGCUACAAAAAGCUGCAACAGUUGUGGCAGCAGCACUGCAUCCUUGAGGAGAUCGCCCGCAGCUUGGAGGUGCUCAAUGUCAUGUUCGCCUUUGAGUGGCAGAUGCUGUAAGCUUAGGUUUGAGCACCUGACACAGGAUAUGUAGGAGGGUGGGAUAUUAGUUUGGUCGUCUGUGUGUUUCAUUUUGGCUUUGAGGAUUUAUUAUUUUUUUUAAGACUGUUUAAGGAUUCACUUGGCCUGUGCACGCUAUCAUAGUGAAGCAAGGAAAAGAUGUCAUCACACAUGUAGCUUUAACUUUCUUUGCUCAGCUUGAAGUGUUGAAGUAAUUAAGUUUUUAGGCAUUGCUUUCUAAGUAUUAAAGUGAGGCAGGAUCAUAUUGUCUUACUUGUGUACGCACUUUUUGCGGAAAAUGCUUUCUGUUCUUUUGCACUUGUGUUAAAUGCUAGCCCAGUUAUCCUGUCCUCCUCAUCUACGAACUUGUCACCCUUUCUCUCUACUGUGUGGGAAAACUAUCAAUGUGAAUAUAUUAUACCAGUAUAUGAAUAUAUUAUACAAAAAUCCCUACAUAUAAAAGUGUGUUCAUUAUUUCCAGAUUGGCAAGUUGUUUUGCCAGUUAAAUUGUAUACCUCUGGCAGAGUUUAUGCUGUUCUUCACCUGUAUAUAAACAUGGAUAUUAGAUUAAUCUUAUUUUACUAAAUGAAUACAGUACAAUACAAGAAGACAUUGGAAAUCAUCAACACACACAAGCAGUUCCAAGGUGAUAAUCAUGAGUUUGUAAACUAGAUAUCUUCUCCAGAUAUAAACCAGGUAUCUUCUUGUUUAGUGAAAUGAAUUUAAUUAUAAGCCAUUUUCAUUAAUGACGGUCCAUUUUGAACUUUAACUUCACUAAUCAUUGUUACCAUCUUAACUGGCUAACUCUUAAUUUAUCACACAUUCACAUCAAAAAUAUUGCAGCUACAUUAACAAUGCUGGAUGUCAUCUUGCCUGGUGAAAUAAAAUAAUGCUGUAAUGAAAA